UUGUAAAGUUAAGCUCUAACGGGGCUUAAAGAAAGUAAAUUACCAAUCUCCUUUUCCGAUAAUCGUCUUCUCCACCUAAAUUCUCUCUGCAAAAUCCCUCUCUCUUUCGACAUGUCGGGAAGUGAAAAACGACUUCCUUUCUCUUUCUUUCUGAUAUUUCUGUACGGAGCCACCGCAAUUCUGACACCUCCUUCAUCCUCCGCUUCCUUAGACACCUUCGUCUUCGGCGGCUGCACGGUCCAAAAAUACAUUCCCAAUUCACCCUACGAUUCCAAUCUCAACUUACUCCUUAGCCGCCUCGUCGCCGCCGCCACUUCCGCCGCCUACGGCAACUUCACUGUCAUCGGCUCCGCCCCACAAGACACCAUCUACGGCCUCUACCAAUGCCGGGGAGACCUCAACUCCGGUGACUGCUCUCAGUGCAUUGCCGGAGCGGUGAGCCGUCUCGGGACCAUCUGCAGCGACGCGUGCGGCGGCGCGUUGCAGUUGGAGGGGUGUUUCGUCAAGUACGACAACAAAAGCUUCUUUGGAGUAGAGGAUAAGACGGUUGUGGUGAAGAAAUGUGGGCCGUCGAUUGGGUCUGACGUGGACACGUUGACUGGGCUUGAUGCUGCGCUGGCGUAUUUGGUUAGCAGCGGUGGGACCUACAAAACAGGUGGGUCCGGAGAUGUACGGACUGUGGCUCAGUGCGUUGGGGAUUUGAGUGUGAGCGAGUGUCAGGAUUGCAUCUCUGACGCCAUCGGACAGCUCAAAUCCGCUUGUGGGCCUUCCGCUUGGGGGGAUUUGUUUUUGGCUAAAUGCUACGCGCGCUUUACUAGAGGUGCAGCCCACGCGCAAGAUAAUGGAAAUGGGUUAGGAUUUGGAAAUGCAAAUGCUAAUGGAAAUGGAAAUACAGACUCAAAGGACAAUGACAAUGAGACGAACAAGACAUUAGCAAUAAUUAUUGGACUCAUUGCAGCGGUUGCCUUGCUCAUCUUAUUCAUCACUUACCUCAACAAAAAAUGUGAAAAGGGAAAAGGUUGUGGCCAAAUCUGUAAUUUCACAGCUUUCUGGGUAUAAUUUUCUCUCUAUACUUUGAUUUUUGUUGGUCUGAAAAAAUAAAAGAGUUUAAUUAAAAGAAAGUGUAUGCAAGAAGAAGGAAGGGGCCUCAGCAGAAGCAAAGACAAGAAGAUUCAACAGAGAAUUAUAAGAAGAAGAAGAAAGAAAAAAGAAAGCUACAACAUUUUCCCACUUGAUUUUUCAGCCUCUCUUUCCAUAUUUGCUUUUAUGUUAUAAUAUUGAUGUUGUAUAUAUGUAUAACUUAGGUCUUCACCAAUAUUUCUUACAAAUUUUUUUAAAAA